GGCAUUAUAUUGCAUUAACUUUUGUCUGUGUCUAAUUUUAUAGUUUGAUAGAUCUAUUACAAAUUCUCUCUACAUUUAUAGAACACAAUCACAAUGGCACAAAGCAAAUUAAAUGAUCUUGCGGGUAAACUAGGCAAAGGUGGCAAACCCGGAUUGGGAAUUGGAUUAAAGGUUUUAGCUGCUGUCGGUGCUGCCGCCUAUGGUGUUAGCCAGUCCUUGUAUACAGUUGAGGGCGGUCACCGUGCAAUCAUUUUCAGCCGCCUUGGUGGCAUCCAGAAUGAAAUCUACUCUGAGGGUCUGCAUGUACGCAUCCCAUGGUUCCAAUAUCCAAUCAUCUAUGACAUUCGCUCUCGUCCACGCAAAAUUUCAUCGCCCACUGGCUCCAAAGACUUGCAAAUGAUUAACAUUUCGUUGCGUGUACUCUCACGUCCCGAUUCCCUUAAUCUGCCCUUCCUGCACAAACAACUGGGCGUGGACUAUGAUGAGAAAGUGCUGCCUUCCAUUUGCAAUGAGGUGCUCAAGAGUGUGAUUGCCAAAUUUAAUGCAUCCCAGUUGAUUACACAGCGUCAACAGGUCUCCCUGUUGAUCCGUAAGGAGCUGGUGGAUCGUGCUCGUGAUUUUAAUAUUAUCCUAGAUGAUGUCUCUCUAACUGAAUUGAGUUUCGGCAAGGAAUACACAGCAGCCAUUGAGGCCAAACAGGUGGCCCAACAGGAGGCCCAGCGUGCCGUGUUCUUUGUGGAGCGCGCCAAGCAGGAGAAACAACAGAAGAUUGUCCAGGCUGAGGGUGAAGCCGAGGCAGCUAAAAUGUUAGGUCUGGCCGUUAAACAGAAUCCAGCUUAUUUGAAAUUGCGCAAGCUGCGCGCUGCCCAAAGCAUUGCCCGCACUAUUGCCAGCUCCCAGAACAAGGUCUACCUGUCGGCCGACAGUCUAAUGUUGAACAUUCAGGACCUUGGCUUCGAUGACAUGACCGAGAAGGUUUACAAAAGUAAAUAAGUCUCGUUUUGAUUUACCUAACAAAAUAAUGAAACCAACAACCAAAAGAAAAUAAUAAAGAGUUUUCUUUUAAGUUGA